CAACGCUGCUUCUGGCGUGUUGUUUUGAAAAACGGAGCAGCGAUUUACCUUUGUCGCGCACGGAACUCGAUAACUAAAAUCGACCAGCUAAUACCAGAACUACCAGUUGCCUACCUAGUAUCGCCGAACAUCUGAGUAUCGAACUGUGAGCUGCAUAUCAUACAGGAUGGUUACAAUAGGAGAGGCAUUUACGCCGACCGAUGGGAUAAUUUACUCGGCGUCGGAUGUAAAGUUGAAGAUGGGCGAUAGUUUGAUUCCGUCGCCGGGAUCGUUGCAUUUGACUGAAAGCUCGUGCAUUUGGAGUUGUGAGGAAAGGAAUGCCAGCAUCAGCAUUCCAUGGCCCCGAGUUGGAGUACAUGCGAUUUCGUCAGUACCGGGGGAAGGUAUUUUUAUGAUGCUGGACAUAAAUAUCGUUUGGCCCGGGUUCUACACCGGACCGCCGGAAAACAAUGGAGAUGCGCAUCCGGACGAGCUGGGGGAAGACGACGAGGGACACGAUUCCGAAAUAUCCGAAGCGGCAAUGACGGAGAUAUGGUUCCAACCGACUAGCCGAGAGAUUUUGGACCAAAUUUUCAGUGCCAUGCGAGAGUGUCAGAGUUUGAACCCGGGUUCGGACGUUAGCGAGGACGAAGACUACAUGGAAGCGGAGGAGGAUGAGCUGGAGGAGGUUGGAGAUAUGCGAAAUUUACAGCUCGAUGAUGAAGAUAAAUUCGCCGACGCGGAAGAAUAACCAUGCACGGCCCGAAGUGGAACCGGCUACACAUAAAACGAAUCUUACGUUGCGUUGAAGGAUUAGCGUUAGGAUAGGCAGCCCCCCGCCCCGGUUAGCUGUGAUGUACACACGCUCAUUUGGAGUCAACUAUAGAAAAGAUGGCGAAACAGAAUGGAGAAAAAAAAGUAACAAAGAAAAACGCUCGCUUAUGCUGUUCGAGUUGCCAUUUUUGGAUCAUCGCGAGGUUAUUAUUACAUUCAAAGCCAGAGAUGCUCUGAGCGCACUAGAAUACGGAUUUGCUAAAUCAUGUUGGUGAUAAGUUGAAUUAAAGAUGGUAACUAAAUCAUAUCCUUAUUGGGUGGAUAAUUUCCAACGAAA